GAUCAAGAUGUCUUCUACCAAUAUCCCCACGUCCACUUCUGUCCUGGAGAGCGUUGUCAUCAAGGCUCCGCUCUCCCAUGUCUGGCACUUCAUCAAGCUCCAGGACUUCAGCAAGUUCUGGUCCUCUCUGUCCAAGUCUGAGGUCGUCAAGGGUGCCAAUGAGGAGACUGAUGUCUUCAAGUGGACCUUUAAGGAUGGCACCGUGUAUGAGGUGAAGCAGGAGGAGCACAGCUCCAUCAACCACAUGAUCACCUACAGUGUCAUCACCUCUUCUCCUGAGCUCACAUAUUCCAGUGUACUCAGCACUAUCCGCUGCCACGCUGUCACUGCUGGCUCGCAUAGUGAGAGUACCUAUGUUGAGUGGAGCGCUAACUUCUCCAGUGAUGCCAAUGCUGGCGUUAUCUCUGAUGCCAAGUACAAGCGCAUUGAGGCUCUGCUGGAUCUGGAGAAGGCUGCCACUAAGGCUUGAACAGCCUGCGGAAUGCUCAGCAGUAGGGUCAGCACGGGUCACUGGCCACAAAAAAGGAUGUGGUUUUCCAAACAGGAGAGUACUCCCUGGAGGCUGAAGUUAUACGGGAAGAUUGUGCCUGAGAUUGGUCAUUUCGAACCUGCUUAGUAUCAGAAUGAAUAACAAUCAAUCGUCA